AUGACAACCCUUCAGACCCGUCAGAAGGCCGUACCGGCAUGGGCUCGAUUCUAUUUCUAUGGGAUGCACGGUCUUUUAGAUGAAAUUGUGUUCACAGCACUCUUCGACAUGGUGUUCGAACCCGGCGGAAACAAGUCGUUAAAGGGUCAUUCAAGUAUUUUCUCCUUCUUCAUAUACGGUAGCUGUUCGUUCCUUGUUGAACAGUAUGUGUUUCUGUUGCUAAAGCAUCGUGUGCCUAGAUACAUCCGUUUGAUUCCAUAUCUGUGUAUACUCUACACCUGGGAGUUCUCCACUGGCCUCAUGCUACGUCAGUUUGGGGCGUGUUCUUGGGACUACAGUCACUACAAGUACAACUUUAUGGGCCUGGUCACGCUGGAGUAUGCUCCCUGUUGGCUCGUUCUGUGCUUCUUGCAAGACGUGCUUUUUGAGUAUUUACUCAGUCUUUCCAUUAACACCGAGGUGGAUGUUGAUAGAAAAGAAAAGAAAAACAGUUGA